AUGGCCCCUGCUCAUGGAUUUCAUAAGAAAGGACCGAAGAAAAUUAAUGAUUCUGGCAGAACGCUGAAACGCAAGCGAGGUGUUGAGGAACUUUCUACCCUCGUUCAGCGUGUUGAAGACCUCGACCUCAAAGAUUCUGUCAAGAACUUCUCCGAUCUACCGCUCUCCGAUCCCACUGCGCGUGGGUUGGCAGCCUCUCAUUUCAAAACCCUGACCGACAUUCAAUCGCGUGCCAUCACCCAUGCCCUCAAGGGUCGCGAUAUCCUCGGUGCUGCAAAGACCGGCAGCGGCAAGACUCUCGCCUUCAUUGUCCCCACUCUCGAAAACCUGUACCGCAAGCAGUGGACCGAACACGAUGGCUUGGGUGCGCUCAUUCUAUCUCCAACUCGAGAACUAGCGAUUCAGAUCUUCGAAGUUUUACGCAAAGUUGGUCGGUACCAUGGCUUUUCUGCUGGUUUGGUCAUCGGCGGAAAGAGUCUGCGCGAGGAACAAGAUCGACUGGGACGCAUGAACAUCUUAGUUUGCACACCCGGCCGUAUGCUUCAGCAUCUGGAUCAAACAGCUAUGUUUGAGACACACAACUUGCAGCUGUUGGUGAUGGACGAAGCGGAUAGAAUUUUGGAUAUGGGCUUCCAGAAGACAAUAGAUGCCAUCAUUGACCACCUUCCCAAGGAGCGCCAGACCAUGCUGUUCAGUGCCACGCAAACGAAGAAGAUCUCCGAUUUGGCUCGUUUGAGUCUACAGGACCCAGAGUAUGUCUCUGUUCACGAAGCCGCUGCCGCCGCAACACCAGCGACCCUCAAGCAACAUUAUGUUAUUACACCUCUCGCUGAAAAACUCGAUACCCUGUGGAGUUUCAUUCGCAGUAAUCUCAAAUCCAAGACCGUGGUAUUCAUGUCAUCUGGAAAACAGGUUCGGUUCGUGUACGAAUCGUUGCGCCACCUCCAACCAGGUAUUCCGCUGAUGCAUUUGCACGGCCGCCAAAAGCAGGGCGGUCGACUUGACAUUACCACCAAAUUCUCCAAGUCUGAGCACUCAGUGCUCUUCGCUACUGACGUUGCCGCGCGUGGUCUCGACUUCCCCGCUGUAGACUGGGUCAUCCAGAUGGAUUGCCCUGAAGAUGCCGAGACAUACAUUCACCGCGUCGGACGAACAGCCCGAUAUGAGCGAGUUGGUCGUGCGGUACUAUUCUUGGAUCCCAGCGAGGAGAAGGGCAUGUUGAAUCGACUCGAGCAGAAGAAAGUCCCCAUCGAACGAAUCAAUAUUAAGACAGCAAAGCAACAGACUAUUAAGCAUCAGCUACAAAAUAUGUGCUUUAAGGACCCAGAGUUGAAAUACCUUGGUCAAAAAGCUUUCAUCUCCUACGCCAAGUCAGUCUACGUGCAAAAAGAUAAGGAGAUUUUUAACAUCAAAGAGCUCGCGUUGGAGGAUUUCGCAGCCAGCUUGGGUCUCCCCGGUGCCCCUCGCAUCAAGUUCAUCAAGGGAGACGACACCAAGGAGCGCAAGAAUGCCUCGUGGAAGAUGGCGCAUCUAUCUAGUGGUGAGGAGGAUUCGGACGCCGAUGCGCCCAAGAAGGAGAAGAAGGAUGAGAACCAAGUACGCACCCGCUACGACCGCAUGUUCGAGAGACGAAACCAAGACGUGCUGGCUGAGCACUACUCUAAACUCAUCAACGACGAUGGCACAAUGGUUGCUACUGGUACCGGUGCUGGUGCUGGAGAGGACGCUGACGAGGAUGCCGACUUCCUGUCCGUCAAGCGUCGAUUCGAGGCCGGAGACGCCGAGCUAGGCGAAGUCUCUUCCGAUUCUGACGACUCAAGCGAGGAACAACCAGCAGUCAAGGUUGUCCAUAUCGACGGCCAAGCGCCGCUGAUCAUCGACUCGAAGCGCCGCGAGAAGCUACUAAAGUCUAAGAAGAAGCUACUCAAGUUCAAGGGCAAGGGUACAAAGCUUAUCUACGACGACGAGGGCAACGCCCACGAGGUGUACGAGAUGGAAGACGAGGAGACGUUCAAGGCUCGCGGCGACGCCAGCACACAACGCGAACGCUUCUUGGUCGAAGAGACGGAGCGCGUACGUGCCGCCGAUCUCGACGAUAAGGAGCUUGUCCGCGAGAAGCGCCGCGAGAAGAAGGAGAAGCGCAAGGCUCGCGAGCGUGCUCUUAUCGACGAGGAGGCAGAGGAGGAGCACGGUGCGCAGCUACCAUACAUACCUAUGGUGGACCUUGGCUUUCACUCGGACUCGGAUGAUGGAUCCGAGCCCGAAGCACCGCGCCCCACCAAAAAGGCGCGUGUCUCAUUCGCCAAACAGGACGACAGCGACAGCGAUGAACAUCCAAAAAGAAACAAGAAGGCUGCGCCUCAGAUCGAGACUCUGGGCGACCUGGAGGCGCUGGCAAGUGGCUUGCUGGGCUAA